GUCACCUUUUGGGGUGGUAGCCUGGCUGUGCGUUAGGAUAAUGGCUUUCUCGAUCCACGCCUAGCGCCUCCAUGCGACUCAUAGAGCAUUUCACUAUAGUGACGAUGAAUGUGAAAGGCGAUGAAUGUGAGAAGGUUCUGAGGAUGAAUCUGGUCCGUUCUCAACGGAACGAUGGACGUUGAUUCAGCUCCUAAGAUUCAUUACUAUAUUUCUUCCUGAGAGCUCCGAUAUCAUGGACGUUGAUCCAGUAGCUCAGAUUCGCAAUCAGGAAGAUCGGACGGCCAUUGAGCGUGAGAGCAUCGGGGGGUUACGGGUUCAGUUCGCGCACUGGAAGCAGCAACUCGAGGACGGAUUCUCGCUAUUAUUCUUCGGCCUCGGCUCCAAGAACGCGUUGCUGACAGCAUUCGCGACGGAAUGCCUAGCGGACAAGACAGUGGUGACUGUCAAUGGCGCCGACACCAACACCUCCCCUGCACGGAUAGCCGCUACCAUUGCCUCCUCUUGUCAAUCCGACACAUCAGUCAAAGUCCGAAAGGGGCCUGCUACGUCAUCAACGUCCGCUGCUGAGCUGGCAAGAUGGACUGCGGAUCUAGUGACAGAGAAGCAGCAGCAGCACCGCAAGCUGCAUCCGACACCAAAGCAGCAACAGAAAGCGCGUGGAGGGGAGGACAAGCGCAACAGGGAAGGCAGCCCGUGGCUGUGCGUUGUGGUGCACAAUCUGGAUGCGCCCCCCCUGAGAGCUUCACCUGACUGCGUCGCCCUGCUCGCUCUCCUUGCUGCCUGCCCUGCCAUUGCCCUCAUCGCCUCCGUCGACCACGUGCUCUCCUCUGCAUUAUUCGACCGCCAGACCCUCUCCCUCUUCAACUUCUCCACCCAUCACGUCAUGACACGCGGCGCCUACACCAAUGAAUCCUCCGCCUUCGCCCAAGCCUCCCUCUCCCACGCGCCCUCCGCCUCUGCUGCCGCUCAGGCCGCCCUGUUGGUCCUCCGCAGCCUGCCGCCCAAUGCCUGCCAGAUAUUCACCCUCAUCUCCCGGCCGUUUCUGCCCGCUGACGCUGCUGAUUCCAGAAGCAGGGGGAUUGGUGGUGGUGGUGUUGGUGGUGGUAGUGGUAGCGAUGCUGGUGGCGGUGGGGAUAGGGCGGAUGAAGUUGCUGAGUCAAGCCAGCGGAACCAGCCUCAGGCCCUCCCGUUCGCCCAGCUCUACUCUCUCUGCCGCGCCCGUUUUCUGGUUACCAGCGAGGUAACGCUGCGAGCGCACCUGAGGGAGUUCGAGGACCACGCUCUGGUGAAGAUAUUUAGGCAGCCGGAUGGCACUGAGAGCGUGGGACUGGUGCUGCCCGUUGCGGCUCUGCAACAAAUGAUGCUGGAGCUGGGCCAAGCGUGAGGGGAAGGGAAGGUGCGAUGGGGUCAUGGGGCUACCGUAUGUGCGCACCAGAGGGACUCUGAGGACCACUCUCUGGUGAAGAUGUUUAGGCAGCUGGAUGGCACUGAGAGCGUGGGAUGUGGCUGCGCUGCUUCAAGUGAUGGGGAAGCUGGGCCACACGUGAGCGGCAGCUGUGGCGGGGCCAUGGAAUUAGGGACGCACCUGGGUCCUGGGCAGGACCCCCCCUCUGGCGAAGACGUUCAGCUAGGCGGAUGGGAGUGAGGGCGUGGGGCUGCUGCUAAAGUGGGGGGUAGUUGGGGAAGGUGCGCUGCAGCAAGUGAAGAACUGUUUAGGAGAGGGCGUGAUGCGGUGACUCUCCUCCCAAGGACAGGAAGAGCCCCCUCGUCAUGCCCGUCCAGUCACGGCCUGAGCAAGCGUGAGUUGUGACUUAGUAUGGGUGGAACAGAAGUCAUACUAAGUCACAGUCGAGGUACACACUGGAGGGCCGCAGCCGUUCACAGUAGUUCACAGCCGGUGACGCCCUUCCAGUCACAGCCUGAGCAGGUGCGGGGGUUGUAGAGAGGGGCGUUGCUGCAAGUCAUUCCUCCCUUUCCCCUGAACUGGUGAAUGGGACGUGGUGCGAAGUACCUCCCAUCCUGAGUGUAAGCAAGCAUGCGGAAUGCUUUAUUCAUCUCUUCAUGCAUAAGAGAUUCUCUCUCCUGACAGCUGCUAUAUCUGACUUGCCACAGUUACUCUCCUCUGGAGUGUCUUCAGUGUUCAAGCCAGGAGGAGAAACCUGGGGAGGACAUACAUAGUAUUCCACUGCAUGGCGUCAUCCACUCACUAUGCCCCUGUACAAGCAA